AUGCCAUCCUGGACUCCAGUUCCGCUAAGCAAAGACCCCGAUGUCAUGUCUGAUGAUGAUGCAGAUCCGGAACUCGUGGAGCUGCUUCGCCAGCAUUUGGGAUUGAGUGGCAAGCCCUCAGCACCUGCACCGCCUGAGACUAAAGUUCUAGAGGGGGCUCAAUAUGUCUUUGAUAAUGCCAUUGAUGUAGCUAUCAGCCCAGGUCAGACCAAAGAAGCGGCCGAGACGAUCUGGCGCCUGAUGCAGAAAAAAGCAUACUCCACCCACACAUGGUCAGACCACGAAUUGCACCCCAAGGCAAAGGAUGAGAGUACUGUCGAUUUUAUCUUCACCAUGGACUUGCUGAAUUUCAGUUUCUGGUCUGAAGAGAAAGAUGAGUCAAAACGAUUUGCAAUCGAGUAUCGUGGCAAGAAGUGGACUGGGUAUUGGAGCUUGGUAGCGGCUCUCCAGCGAGCACUUGAAGAAGGUAUACCCAUCACCACUCCUGACUUUUGGGUGGACGAAGAAAAAUGCACAAAAGAAGUACUGCGUCAUGUUUUCCGCUCGGCAACCGACGAGGAGAUACCUCUUCUUCAGGAGCGCUUGGAGUGUCUACGCGAAGCUGGAGAUGUACUAUGCAAUGAAUUUGGAGGCAGCUUUGCAAACUGUAUUGAAAGUGCCGAUUUAUCCGCCGCGGGCCUCGUAAACCUGGUCACUGAGUCUUUCAACUGUUUCCGCGAUGAAAUCAUCUUCCAGAACCGGAGAGUGCGGCUAUACAAGCGCGCGCAAAUUCUAGUGGCCGAUCUCUGGGCCUGCUUCAACGGCGAGGACUUCGGAGAGUUCAACGAUAUCGAUAAGAUUACUAUGUUUGCAGAUUACCGCAUUCCACAAAUGCUGCAUCAACUCGGGUGUCUUCGCUACUCACCUCCGUUGGAAUCUCACAUCCGCAGCUUGAAGCCCAUUACGCCUGGCUCCACUUGGGAAGUCGAGCUUCGUGGAACAAGCAUUUGGUGCGUGGAGCUGAUCAAGCGCGAGAUUGAGAAGCGGCAUCCAGAAGUUAAGACUGCUGGUAAAUCAGACAUGAAUUCUCAGCCCGAGUCCGAGGUCGGUGGCGAGCCUGAGGAUGCUGAGAAAGUGGUUGAUGGGCCAGCGGAGCAUGCUGAGCAUAAGCCGCACAAAACAUACGGGAUCAAUGCCAUCCUCAUUGAUUUCUUCCUUUACGAUACCAUGAAGCAUUUGGAAGAGGAGCAUAACGAAGGCAUUCCCCAUCACCGGACGAGAAGCAUCUGGUACUAG